AUGUCAAAGAGAAGAAAUACUUGGUUGGUCGAAAAGGAGGUUGAAGAAUCUCCUGAAAUUGUAACUAAGAAAGCAAAGGAAAUGGCUGAACCAGUGGAGGAUCCAAUUGUGGAGGAAGAGGUUGAAGAUGAGGAGGAAGAACCUUUAAUACAAAGGAACUCCAAGAAGCCAGCAACCACAAAAUCCACCACUACAAAAACAACUGCACCCAAAUCCACCACAAAAUCUAGCAUCACCAAUGCGGUUAUUCCAAAAUCAACCGCCAAAAUCACCAAAACCGCCACUCCCAAAGUUACAAAAACCACCACUCCAAAAAGCCUGUCGCACCAAAUCAAAGGCUUCCUCCCAAAACCGGUUGAGGAGUCUAAGCCAGAGGAGUCGGAGAAGAUGGAGGAGUCAGAAUCUGAAAAGGAGUCGGAGCCGGUGGGUGAGUCUGAAUCGGAAAAUCAGGAGAUGGAAUAA